AGCACAACGCGGCUUCCCCUCCCCUCCCCUCGCGGCCGAAAGGAAGCGUCUUCUUCUGCUCUGCUGCCAGCACCAACACAAGCCAGGCCACAACUCUCUCCCGUCCCCCACUCCUCACGCCUCGCCGCCCUCCCUCGCUUCCUCCGCCAGCCUCCUCCCCCCUUGUCGGGAUCCCUCCUUCUCCCACGCCAUGAUGAAGCCCGCGGGCGCGGGCGCCGGUCCGGGCACUGGCACCGUCGAGGUCCGCGUCGAGCGCCCGCAGCGCCCGCCCGUGCACCCCAACUCGGCACGCCUCAGGGCGCGCCCCUACUACCGCCGAUGGACGCCCUGGCUCGUCCCGGCCGCCUCCAUCGCCUGCGUCGCCGUCUUCCUCGUCACCAUGUUCGUUAACGACUGCCCCAACCGCAGCGCCGGCAACUGCACCGCGGGCUUUCUCGGCCGAUUCGCCUUCCAGCCGCUCAAGGAGAACCCGCUCCUCGGCCCAUCCUCCACCACAUUGCUGAAGAUGGGAGCUCUAGAUGUAUCUAAAGUUGUGCAAGGUCGCCAGGGAUGGCGUCUGAUUACGUGUAUCUGGCUCCAUGCUGGGGUUGUUCAUUUACUCAUCAAUGUUCUUUGCCUUCUAUUUAUUGGUAUUCGACUUGAACAAGAAUUUGGGUUUGUGAGGAUUGGUCUUGUUUAUCUCAUUUCUGGUUUUGGUGGAAGCUUGAUGUCUGCUCUUUUCAUCCGAGCAAGUAUUUCCGUUGGUGCUUCUGGUGCUUUGUUUGGACUGAUAGGGUCGAUGCUUUCUGAACUCAUCACAAAUUGGUCACUCUAUGCAAAUAAGGUGGCAGCAUUACUAACCCUGGUACUUGUAAUCGUGGUGAACUUGGCCCUUGGGAUACUCCCCAGAGUGGAUAACUUUGCUCAUAUUGGGGGUCUUAUAUCUGGGUUCCUUCUUGGAUUUGUUGUCUUCAUUCGACCACAGUUUGCAUGGAUUAACCAGAGAAGAGUAGCACCUGGACCACAAGCUGCUCCUGCCGAACACAAGCACAAGACAUAUCAAUAUAUAUUGUGGAUAGUUGCUGCUAUUCUGCUGAUUGUCGGGUUCACACUGGCCAUAGUUCUGCUUUUCCGGGGAUAUAAUGCAAACGAUCACUGUUCUUGGUGCCAUUAUCUCAGUUGUGUUCCUACUAAAAAAUGGAAGUGCAACUCGUCACCGACAACAUGCACGGCAAUGCUACAGGGAAAUACCUUGAACUUGACAUGUGAAGGCAAAGGGAUAUACCGGAGCUACAUUGUGGCCGAAGCUACGCAAGAUAAGAUAGACCAGCUCUGCAACCAGCUUUGCAGUUAGGAGAACCGGAUUCCCUGAGCUCUCCCAGCUUCUAACAUGAUUUUUAUUCUUUCUGUACAUGAAGAGAAUACUACAUAUUUUAAUAGAAGGUUACUUAUGGAGGGAAA